UUCUCUUCCUAAGAUUUCUAUUGCCAGCAGUCAAAUAAUGCCCGGCACGUCAACGCGUACCGCUGGUUUAUCCACAAUGACGCUUGCCGGACAGACGCGCCUUACCCUAGGAAAGGAAUUCCGAAUCGGUAUAUAAUAAAAUGAAUGAGGAAGCGUGGCUGUUCCACUGAGACCAGUAUGGGCUUGCUUUUCUCGUUUAUCAAACAGACCUGGCCACCUGCGAGUCGCUUUUCCGUAGAUGACAUCCCCGAUUUGUCGGGGAAAGUCAUUAUCGUGACUGGUGGAAAUGCAGGGAUAGGGUAUGAGACAGCGAAGGCUCUCUUGACACGGAACGCUCGAGUAUACAUCGCAAGUCGCUCUCCGGAAAAGGCGAAGAAAGCUAUCGAUCAUUUACGUUUAGAGUGCGGCGGGAAGGAAGCAAUAUUUUUACCGCUAGACCUCGCGAGCCUCAAGGAAGUCAAGGCAUGUGCGGAGGAAUUUUUGAGUAAAGAAAAGAAAUUGCAUGUUCUUUUCAAUAACGGAGGUGUGAUGGAACCUCCGGUUGAUCAGCUAACGAAAGAUAGAUGUGACCUGACGAUAGGCGUCAAUCUUCUUGGACAUUUCUAUCUCACCAAGCUUCUCCUUCCGGCCCUUGAAUCAGGUGCACAAACCUCCUCAGAUGGGAAGGCCCGAGUUGUAAACACCUCAUCGUUUACGUACGAGCUCUCUUCAAACCUAGAUUAUGAUCUCUUUCGAGAUGGUCCAACUCGCAAAAGAUCUCUCUCCAGUACGGAGAAGAUGUACUCCCAGAGUAAAUUCGGUAAUGUCGUUUUUUCAACCGAACUUGCACGCCGGUACGGGGACGAAGGGAUUGUCUCCACUAGUGUAAAUCCUGGUCAUAUUGAGACAGACAUACAAAAUUCGCUUAGUGGAGCUCGCAGGUUCUUCAUUCGUCGUCUUACGUAUCCUGUGGCCCAGGGUGCUUUGACUCAGCUAUAUGCAGGUUCAACGACCGAAGGCGCCAACUUGAAUGGCAAACAUCUUGCACCGUGGGCACAAGUCUACCCGCAAUCUUCAGCCUCACAGGACCCCGAAAUCGGGGAAACCUUAUGGAAUUGGCUGGAAGAGCAGAUUCAGAAUGUAUAA